AUGCCCGGGGACAGCCUUCGUCACGUUGGGUGCAUCAAGAUUACUCAAGGCCGAGAGCAGGCCGGGGCACGGGCUUUCCAACGCUUCCUGAAAAAUCGCAUCAAGCAGCUGGGAACCCUCCUGCCGCCAAGCCCCGAUGCGCCCGAGCCUGAUACCGCUCUUCUUUGGAGCUUCCUGUCACGGCAGCUUUCAGAGGGCAUCAGCAAUGAGGCCCAGGUGCUGAGCAGGGCCCAGGUGCUGAGCAGCGCCACCGGGAGCGACGAAGCGGGAAGGCGCGCUGCUAAAGCCGCCCGCCGUGGCGUCGUUAUCGCGCAGCCGCGACCUAUACCAGCAGAUUCACGCCGUACAGUCCCCAUCCCGCUGUCGAAUUGGCUGCGGGAGGGAGCUGGGGACUCCCCCCAGUACGGCAGCAGCGGCGGUCCUCCUCAGGCGCUAGUACACGUGUUUUGGGACGUGGAGUCGGCCCACCCGGGGAAUCGGGACCCGCGCCUGGUGGCCGUGGAGGUGCUGCGACUGGCGCACCGGCUGGGUCGUGUGGUGGGGAGCUACGCGUACGCAAAUCGCCAGGCAUGGGCCUGGGUGCCAACACAUUUCCUCUCCACGUAUGCGGAGGGCGAUGACAAUGCUAAAGGUAGCGCUGGCGUCCGCGUGGAGGGCAGUGGCGCCGCAGCAGCAGGCGCGAAUGGCCGAGUCCGCUGCCCAGUGUGCGGAAAGCUGCUGACGGCACCGCGCCUUGAGCGGCACCUGCGCACCCUCCACCCCGAUAAGCCGGCGGCCAGCUUGGCGGCAACUGCCAUCGCUCAGCAGCUGCAAGUCGACGAGCCGCCGCAGAAUGGCGGCAAUGCCACCAUUGGCGGCGGCGGCAGCAGCAGCAGUGCGGGACGCGGUGGCGGUGCCUCCAGCGCUGGCGCUAGUAAGAAGAACAGCUACCGGACCGGACUGGGUGGGGUACGUGCGUACUACUCCAGCUCUGGGGAGCUGUAUCGGCCGCCGGCAGGUCAUCAGCUGGGGCUCAAGUACGUGCUGCAGAGGGAGGGGUUCGAACCCAGGGUGGCGCAGAACACUGAUGACGCCUCAGACAGGGCGCUCAACGGCGGAAUAGACAGGCUGCUGGCGGCGCUGCGCAACGGGACGGCGCGUGCUGCCGCUGCCGCUACGGGCGGCGGCCGCGGCCGCGGCGAGCUGCUGGCGACAGAGCUGCCGUACACGCUGGUGCUGGUGUCGGGGUCCCGCCGCCACGCGGCUGCACUGGGUGCCUGUCGGCGGCUUGGGGUCCGGACGGUGGUUGUGACGGCCGGGCCGGGUGUGGUCGCGGAGCCAGGGCAGGUGGACGCGCUGUUGAGCUGGGAGCUGCUCGCGGGGGGCUCGUACCAGAUAUAA